AUGACUACCACUCUCGGCACCUCGAACAUACGAGGUGGUCCUGCUCGUCAGACUCGCUCAAAUCCCAUGAGGCACAUCAAGGGUGCGGGCUCUGGCGUUCGUCACAACUCCCUCAUUUCAACUACCGGGCUCCCUCUGUCCACCUUUGCUGCCACCUCCUCUAUCAAUCCACCACUCAAUACAAACGAGCCGCCUGGCCUCUAUCCUGCCAUCAGCCACUUCGCUGAUGCGAUAGCUGCGUUACCACGAGACUUCCGUCGCCAUACAUCCCUGCUAAAAGAGGUGGACGGCAAGGCGUGGGCCCCAGAAGAAAAUCUGCAAGAGAUCUUGCAGCAGUGUCUUGCUGACACUACCGCCUCUUCUGAAAGAUUUCUAGCUGCCGCACAUAACCCACCUAGAUUCUCCACAACUGACGAUGUCGUCGUUGUCAGCGACGCCAACAGUGUGGCUGGCGCCUCGGUCGAUAAUGCCUCACUUGCCUCUGCUCGUUCUACUGAUCCUAUAUCCCUGCAACGGAGACGCCAAUUUCACGCCCUGCGACAGAAUCUCAUGGCAGUCAUGGUGACCAUGGACGAAAAAAACCACGUGAUCACAAAAGCCAACGAGGACGUUUCGAGAAGUAUUCGGCGCAUGGAAGCAAUCUGGCCACACAUCUCUGAGGAGAUUUCGGAAGAAGCACGACUCGGAAGCUUGAAGCACUGGGCAUACACUGAAACUAAUCCCGUCAAAAAGCCUCCGGUACCCACCACUCGCAGAGAGGCUGCGGCAAGUCUAGCUAUCCUACAUGAGUCUGAGACCGCUCACAGGAGUGAAAGUCGGAGAGAAGCCAUGUUGGCCAGGAAGCAAAGGGCCACUCAACAUGUUGAUUCCGACUUUGAUGAGUCGCGACCUGCUAAAAAAGCCCUGGCAAAUGGCAAGAAGAAAGGAACUGAUACACCUGUAGAAACUGCCGGGCUGGGCAUCACUGGUGUAGGCACUGGUAAACGGAAAAAGCCAGAAAAGGCCGCAAUUGGCGGGGUUGCCAUGGAGCGUUCAAUCAGUAGCGCCAUGGGUGGACGAGCGAUGUCGCGAGAGAACUCACAGCAGGAAAAUGCGAAAAAGAGGAAAGCGUCAGGUGCAGUCACUUCAGUCGCACGAAAGAGGUAUGUUGUUACAGCACGAGGCAGUCCUGGACAAUUAACUAACGAAUUCUCCUUCAGAAUAAACGCUUCCACGCAGGACUCUCCCAAGCUUGCGUCUUCACCUCUCGCAGGCAGCACUGGCAAAGAGGCCUACAAGAGAAGCCCAGCCCUCUCGUCUGUUCGACCCGCAACCGCUCGUGGGCGACAAAACUCAGCGCAAACGCUAGACACUAAUAACCGUGCACGGCCAUCAUCUUCAACCUCACACCGAAACGGAAACAACAGUAUUGCCACUGCGAUUACUGCAGAAGCCAACAAUACCGCCAUUUCAGCAAAGAGUUCGAGUGAGGACAAGAGCACAACGAAAGAGGCCAAGGCUGAGAAGGGUGAUCGUCCCAUCGAGGAUGAAAAACCAGCUCCAAGCAGCACAAAUGGAGACCAUCCCAUGCGAGAAGCUCUUCUCCUCCAGACAUCGGCCGGCAAGCAAGAAUCAAAUACUUCCAAGGCCGAGGCAAAGGUUAACGACGAGCCCAUUGCUCGAAAAGUUGCAUCACCUCGUGUUCCACCCGCACUGCUAACCAGUGAAUCUGCACUGAGAGGGGAAAGGCUAGGUAGAGGCAAAGGCUCCAAGACAUCCACACCGAUCGUGGGUACAUUUUCCGAGGCCGAAACGGCAGAACCCAAUUCUGCAAGCAGUACACAGCAUAGUCACGCAAUAUCGAAGGCCAAACGGCCAGCCCGGCCCAGAGUCAAAGAUCACGGUCUACAUGACUCACUAUCGCCCAAGGGUUUGCCUAUGAAGCGCUCCCACAAAAGCAGCGGCAGCAUAUCGUCAAUUGUUCCCCACACAAUUGCCUCAAUCCACCGACAAAAAGAAGAGUCAGAGAUGACCAAGUCCACCACCCCGUCGGACAUCGGGGUAGGAAAGGAAGAGGAAGAAGACGAAGACAACGACGUCGCCGAAGAGGACGAGGAGCGGUACUGCUAUUGCCAGGGCGUCAGCUACGGCGAGAUGGUGGCCUGCGACAAGCCAGACUGUCCGAGACAGUGGUUCCAUCUCGACUGCAUCGGGCUCAAAAGCGUCCCCAAGAGCGCCAAGUGGUACUGCGAGGAGUGCAAAGAGGUCUUGGCCAAGAAAGGGAAGGUCGCCUCUAACGGCGGUAAUGGCACUGCGAAGUGA